GUAAUUAAUUUUGCAAAGCAACAGUUGGUGAUUAACAUUUACUGGCAAAUUACUGAAAUAUCUUUUUCAACAUCAGUUAUAGUGAAAUAUAGAAAAAGCCUAUUUCCGCAAUUAUCUAUAAAAUGUGUUUAUUUAAAAAACCGAAGUGUUCAUAUUUAUGCCGAUGUGGGUAGACAGAAAUUAUAACCCAUCUUGCAAGGCAACAGUUGGACAUGGCAUAUUGAACCAAUGUUAUAUGAUAAAAAGUUUUAGUUAUUGAUAAAAGUAUAAACCUAGGAUUCAAGUAUUUAUUAAAGUGACAGGAGUAGAUCGUCUUUGACAUAAAAUCGUGUAAGAUAAAUAAUAUCUAUUAUAGUUAUUGCAUGUGUCGGGAUAAAAGCGUAUCGUGUACAUUGUAUGAAAGAAGAUAUUUAUUGCAACAGUCGGGAUUUAAUAGUAUAUUGCAUAUCAAACCAUUUACUUGGCUCGAAUUUUGAGGUUUGCAUCUUAAUUGCUGAAUGAAUUUCACAAACUACUUUGCAUUUACAACCCGAAACCUGUGACAAUUUCAUACAGGAAUAAACGCAUCAAAAUUGAAGUGGCACGAAUUUACAAUAAGGAAGAAAUUGUGGUCUACAAAUGAAUUUGAUUUUGAAACGUUAUAGAUAAAGAUAGCAUCUCACCUUUAAAGUGUUAAAACAAAAAAAAUCAAUGACAUAAAAGAGAGUGGUACCAUGUGACGUGAUAUGAACAUUCAGAUGUAAAAUUUCAAACAUGAGCGUGAAUAUAAGUAAAAAAUGCGAACUGUUUAUUAGACAGGAAGUAGCUAAGAGUAUUUGAUAUAGGUAAUAUAUAGCUAUUAAAUACCAUCUUAAUGUUGAUCUUUAGUGGUAUAUGUUGAAUACAAGUACAAGUAUUUUCCCCACAAUCAAUACUUUAUAAUACUGUAUAAUGGUAGUUUUCUUACACAAAAAACAAAUGUAUGCUUACAUAACUUAAGCAAACUUAAUUUGACACCGAGGGGGUGACGAAUUUGUGGUUAAUUAAAUACUUCGACCGAUGAUUAUUCUAUACACGUUUUAUUUGUGAAAAACCUAUUCAUGUAUCCUCUGCACUUUUCGUCAACUUAGAAAACAAUAGAGAUUGAUUACCAGUAGUCAAUAAAACAAAGUGUACAACAAACGAAACAAGUUAAACGAUACAUCGAUUAAUCUUUAUAGAGUCAAAUGAUAGUAACAAAUACUCAAACGUGAUCCAAGUUUCACCUUUGCAGAAAAAUAACACUGUGUAAAUAUUUUCACCUUUACACAAAAAUAGCACCGUGUAAAUAUUUGACUUUUGCAAUCUACUCAUUAAAAAAUCGUCGUCAUUCUUGUGUUUUAAUGAAUAUGAUCUUUGCUUGAUAAGAUAAACACUUACGUUAUCCACCAACGUGUAAGUCAGUAUAGAAAAGCACCGUUAAUCAUACGACACAGAAAUUGGAUUUGCUAAACUCUUAGUUAACUUUGGAUCAGUGACUUUCUAUUUACUCAGAAAACCAUGUGUAUACUUUUUAUUAACCGACGUACAAUAUGAACUGUUUGAAUAUACAUUGACAGUAAAACAUGGCGAGAUUUACAGUGAUAAUUGUUGACAUUUUGUUUAACACCUAUCUAUAACCGCUACUUGAAUUAAAGAAGAAUUCUUCAUACAUAACGACAGGAAAAUUUCUGUGAUUUUUAUAUUAUAGUGAAUGGAAUUAUUAUCAAUUUAUUAAAUUGUACUGAUAGGAAUGUACUUUCAUAGUUUCGUUCAAUUCAUUUUUUAAGAUUCAGUUAUUUUAUAGUGUAUAAAUAACAAAAUGUGCGAUUUUUUUCUGGUAAACUUAAUCAUUAAAAAAAACAUAUUCUAAAUGCAUUCCAUAAUAUGGUUCAAUACUAUCGCAUUCUUGGAAUAUUCAGUGGCAGGACAAAAACACUAUUCCGUUAUAGAUGCCAUUAUGUUGUGAUAUAGUAAACUACAACCAAAUUACGAUAAUUUUGGAUUAUUAUUUCAUGAAAUGGAUAAAUAUAGUCGCAGUGAUGAAAUACUCAAUGACUGAUCAAGUGAAUAUAUUUAUCAUAUUACCGUAACACUGCAGUCCGAUUCACAUCUGGCAAAACCCAGUCUGUGCAUUUAUAAAUGAAUGUAAUAUUUGUAUUUUUCUCAGUUACUUAGAUGAACAAAGAGGUGGAGUUUAACGUCUGCACAUUAGUAAGCGGACACAACAAACCUAGAUAUGUAAACAGCAAAAUGCUUGAAUGUUUCUUUCUAAAAUAAUUUUCCAGGACUUUGAGUUUCUUUUUGUGUUUGUAAAAGGCUAUAUUCAUUUAAGAUUAUUGGAAUAGAAGAGCGAUUAGUUCUUUCUCAGUAAGCAUUUAAUUGCGAAUAAUCCAUCAUUCUUUUACCGAAAUUGAGCUGAGUUUAGUUUUCCAUUAAGACAACGGUCAUUCAUAAGCGUUUACUUGUAAUAGUUUAUGCGCUGAUAUAAACGUUUUAAGGACGUUGUUUUUGAUGGUUUCGUCAAGCAUGUAAAAUAAGUGGAAUGAAUAAACGGAGUAUAGUCUCGGUGAAGUAAGUUUUAGAUAUUUAAUUGAUUGACACGGAUACGUCUUCAAUAUAAAAAAUAAAGUUUAUGCAUUAUAUUUACAAAUUGUCAAGUGCAUUUUAAACUAUAACAAUUGUUCAGUUGUGAAAAGGGGAAAAAUACGAGUAGCUAUAAAAUUGUUUGAAGAGGAAGAAGAUAAAAUUUCACCGUAACAUAAAAAGAUCAAGGAUCAAAUUAUUAUCAUGUGGAGUGCUGUAAUAGUGUUGGAUUUAAUUUGUGUUUGUAUUCUUUUUGACGGAGUAAUGUCAAUAACAACUAUAAAUUUAACUAUAAUGGUACCGACUUAUCCGGAAUCUCGAUUAUUUUCUAAUAUAAAAAUUAGACCAGCUAUUGAAAUUGGAAUAGAAAAAGUUCAAAGUAAAAAUUAUUUACCAUUUAUUGAAAUAAACGAAACUUAUGUUGAUACGGAAUGUAACGCGGUGAUUGCCCCAUUAGAAGCAUUUCGAGCGAUGAGUACCGGAACUAACGUAUUUUUCGGACCCGUUUGCGACUACAGUUUAUCGCCGGUUGCACGUUAUGCUCCAUUUUGGAAAAUUCCUAUCAUAAGUACCGGAGGGUUUGCAGAUGAUUUCAAGAUAAAUCGCAGGAAUGAAUACCCGACUCUUACACGAAUUAUGCCGGCAAGCUUUGAUUCUGUUGCAAUUGCAACAUUACGAUACAUAGACAAAUUAAAGUGGAGAAAAGUCUUUCUCAUCACAGAACGUACUGAUGUCGGAAUAAUGUUAGGGUAUUGGUUUUUACUUGGAUCUACUAUUGUUAGCCGGUUAAGGUUAAAACCCAUAAGUAAUAACUCAAAGGAGACGUUUACGUAUGACAAACAUCUAUAUGAUAAGACGGAGUCUAACAGUAUAGAACGAGUUCUUCCGGAAAAGAUUGGAAAUAAAUAUGCAAUUGUGGUGCUGUGUGCAUCUGCUGAUUCUGUCAGGGAUAUAUUGAUUAAAGCUCAUGAAUUAAAUUUUGACAACGGAGAAUAUGUUUUCCUAAACAUCGAUUUGUUCAGCAGCAAGAAUGACAGUGAGAAGCCAUGGUAUCGAGCCGGCGACACGGAUGAAAGAAAUAAAAAAGCUAUGAAGGCGUACGAAGCCCUGAUGACAGUUACCUUACGAAAACCAACUAGUAAAGAAUAUAAAAACUUUUCCAUGGAAGUUAAGAGGAGAGCUAAGGAGAAAAAUGUCAAUUUUACUUAUGGAGAAGAAGAGGUCAACAGCUUUGUUGGUGCCUUUCAUGAUGCUGUUAUUUUGUAUGCUCUUGCAUUAAACGAGACCUUAGCUGCCAAUAAAUCAAUCACAGAUGGCGCUGAGAUAACAAACCGGAUGUGGAAUAGAACCUUUGAGGGAAUCACUGGCACUGUCAGCAUUGACAAGAAUGGUGAUAGGAAUGCAGAUUAUUCUUUAUUGGAUAUGAAUCCUCAUACUCAUAAAUUUGAGGUUGUUGCUAACUACUUUGGUAAAGAUCAGGAAUACAAAGAAGUUGAGGGUAAACAUAUCCACUGGGCGGGUGGACGAACGUCUGCUCCACCCGAUACACCAAAAUGUGGAUUCGAUGGUUCAAAAUGUCCUCCAGAUAAACCAUUUCCGGAGUACGGUAUUGUUAUCAUUGUACUAGGCUCACUGUUAGUUAUUGUUCUUGUAGCAGCUUUCUUUAUAUACAGACAUAUCAAAUUAGAAGCAGAGUUGGCUGAAAUGAAUUGGAGAGUCAAAUGGGAAGAUAUAAUGUUUGGCACGAUGGAAAACGACAAAAAACUCCGUCGUCAAGGAAGUACGCUCAGUCUUACCAGGGAUACUCAUAAACGCUCAUCAACUGAGAAACUGUCAAUUGCAAGUUCCGUUUCAAGAGAUACAAUUGCAGUUCACUUAAGUGAUGUUGGCCAGCGACAGCUGUUUACAAAGACAGGGUAUUAUAGAGGUGCCAUAGUAGCUAUUAAAAGUAUAGAUAAAUCAAAUAUCACAAUAAACAAGCCAUUGCUUUUAGAAAUUAAAAAGAUAAAAGAUCUUCAGAAUGACCAUAUUGUACGUUUUCUCGGUGCCUGCAUCGACCCUCCAAACAUGUGUAUUAUAACAGAGUACUGUCAGAAGGGGAGCUUACAGGAUGUUUUGGAAAAUGAACAGAUAAAGCUAGACUGGAUGUUUAGAUAUUCCCUGAUGCAGGAUAUACUUAGAGGCCUUUCAUACUUACACAGCAGUGAUAUACGUAGUCAUGGGAACCUGAAAAGUACAAACUGUGUGGUCGAUGGAAGAUUUGUAUUAAAGAUAACAGAUUUUGGACUUCAUGCCUUCCGAUCGAAGGAUGAAGACACAGAUAAAGAGUCAUAUGCUUAUUAUCAAAGUCUUUUAUGGACUGCUCCAGAGUUGUUACGAAUGCAUAAUAGACCACCAGAAGGAACUUCGAGAUGUGAUGUCUAUAGUUUUGCUAUAAUAUGUCAGGAAAUAGUAUACAGAAAUGGAGUAUUCUAUCUUGCUAACUUAGAUUUAAGUCCUGAAGAAAUUUACAAGAAAGUGAAAAAUGGACUGAGACCGUAUUUCCGCCCGACAUUAGAUGAAUGUGAUUGCCCAUGUGAUGAACUAGCAGAUGUCAUUAGACAGUGCUGGAAAGAAGAUCCCAUGGAAAGACCAGAUUUUCCAACACUUAAAUCCAUCAUUAGAAAACUUAACAAGGAUGGAGAUAAGGGAAACAUAUUAGAUAAUUUACUCUCAAGAAUGGAACAGUAUGCAAACAACUUAGAAGCACUAGUCGAGGAACGGACAGCAGAUUAUCUGGAGCAAAAGAAAAAGGCAGAAGAUUUAUUAUAUAUGAUGUUACCAAAAUCAAUAGCAAAUUCGUUAAUUCGAGGUGAAUCUGUGCCUGCAGAAAACUUUGAAAGCGUGACUAUUUAUUUUAGUGAUAUUUGUGGAUUCACAGCCUUGUCGUCUGAAUCCACUCCAUUCCAGGUGGUAGAUCUUUUAAAUGAUUUAUACACUACAUUUGAUACCAUUUUAGAAAAAUUUGAUGUAUAUAAGGUUGAAACAAUAGGUGACGCUUACAUGGUUGUAUCUGGACUACCCAGUAGAAAUGGGAACUUACACGCUCGGGAAGUUGCCCGGAUGUCAUUAACAUUAUUGAAUGCAGUGUUGUCUUUCAAAAUACGUCAUAGACCUACUGAACAAUUAAAAUUACGUAUAGGAAUACAUUCCGGUUCUGUUUGUGCUGGUGUUGUGGGACUUAAAAUGCCUCGGUAUUGUUUAUUCGGUGAUACAGUAAAUACCGCAUCAAGGAUGGAAUCGAAUGGAUUGCCUUUACGAAUACAUGUUAGUCCAUUUACAAAAGAGAUAUUAGAUAAAUUUGCAACAUUUGAAUUAGAAUUACGAGGCUCAGUCGAAAUGAAGGGAAAAGGUAAAGUAACAACUUACUGGUUAACAGGUGAGAGAGCUGCUCCGAAUCCAGAUCGUGAGAGUGAUUGCUAACAAUUAUAGAUUAAUAUUAGGAUAAGGCUUUUGCGUGACAAUGAUUAAUCAAGAUCAUGAUAAUGUUUCACAAUUACAUGAACCUGGUCACUUGUACUGCUGAAUAAUCACGUGACUUACUACCAGAAUUAUCAUGUGACUUACAACCUGAACUAUUAUGUGACUUACAACCAAUUCUGUUAGUUUUCUAAUUGUUUAAAUUUAGUUGAAAUAUAUUGUACAGUUGAAGGAAGAUAAAAACCAUUUUUCUUUAAUUUUUGAAAUGUUUGCUGAUUUGAUGUACCGAUGUUUUGACAAAAAACCACCAGAUAUUGUAAGGCGAUCUCCAUGCAACAAUGUUUAUCAUGAAGCUUAUGACACAUGGCAGGGAAUAAAUAUCAAUUAUAAUGUUUUAGGGUAAGAUUUUGAAAUCCAAUUAUUAAUCAGUUGUCAUACUAUUUUACAUAAAAGUUACUUCAGUUCAUUUGAAAAGGUGAACCACUCAUAUGUAGUUUUUUUGUGUUCCCUGUCCGUACUACAAGUUGAACAAGCAUAAUGUUAUUUCCAAAAUCUGAGUUUGUUUAUCUCACUAUUGUUUUAAAAAGAUCAUUGCAAAGCAGAUAGUGACACAUUGAAAACUAUUAACAACUUUCUUUCACCGGAAAAAAGUCCUUUGAAAAGGUUUGCAAUGAUAGAGAACACAGCCUGUUUUUCUUAAGAAGGUAUCCCUGUGCCAAACAUUCGCACACUAUAAGCAAAGUCUGUUAUUAGAAAAUGAAAUAUUAUCAAUCUUUCAAAUUAGCUAGAUAAAGAGGGGAGUUAUAGUAUCAUUCAGAGCGGGUGUAGUUGAAAAAACAUACUUUGAAAAAAAAACAAUCGGGACAUGUAGCUAAUGAAGACUAAUAGUUGCGAUGCAAUUAUUAUAUAUUGUACAAUGUUUUCUAAAUUCAAAAUCCUUCACAGAAAAGAGAUUUCUCUAUUCACAUUGAAUUUAUUCAUGUAAAAAUUUGCAUGCAAAUUGGUUUUUAAAAUAAAAAAGAUUUUUAAAUGUGCGCAAGUUCAAGAUCAUUAAUUUUUCUUGCUUGGUUUUGUCAUGGAGAUAUUAAUAAUUACUAACAAUUGACAUUAUUUUAUUUGGAAUUACAAAUGUAAAACUUUUAUUUGACUAAAAUUGUCCCCCUUUACAUAUCGAAUGGUCUUUCUACUUAAACAUAUUGCACGUUUUAACAAAUAUUGAGCACGUGACAUGAUCACAGUCCAAUGAAAAGUGUGUCACAUUUUAUGUUUGUCUCAAAAAAGGGCGAAGAAUAUUUCGUUCAGUCAUUUGUUGUAAACUUUUCAUUUUAUUGAGUCAUCAGCUUACCUUAUUCUUAUUUAUAAUAAAUUUUAUAAAUUGACAAUGUGCUUGAAAGAAAUGUAAUUGUUUUAUAAUUGAAGCAAUGAAGCAAUUCGCCAUUUCAAAAUCUAAAGGACUAUUGGUAGUUGCAUCGUUCGUAUCCAAAAAGUAAAAUAUCGUCAUCGUAUUGGUUGAUAAUUAAAUGUUUAUAUCGUUCUGGGCCAAUCUUGUAAUCGUACUACAAUAACAGUAGCAUCGCCGACACAAGCUUAAUCUGAUGCAUGUUUUUAUAUAAAAAAUAGAAUUGUUAAAAGAUCUGGUCUAGAUAUAGCCCAAUACAUGUAUGCAUACGGUCAAUCGGUAGUCUCACUGUAACAAAAAUGUGAGAGUGUUAAUAUGUCUUAACUAAAAUUAAAAUGUUUUCUACUUUAUUGUUACAAACAGCUUAUUAGAGAAAUUAGAAGAAGAAAUUUGAAUGAACUCUUACAUGUCUACUUUUUUCUCCUAAAUAGAUAAUAGUUUAUACGUUUAGCAACAUCCGCAAUCGGAUCAAAGUUCCAAUUACAUGUAUGUUUAGUAUUUGGCUUUUCACUUCGCACAUUUGGUAUUUACUGAAAUGUUUAGGUAUUUCUCACUCUGCACAUUUGGUAAUUACUGAAAUGUUUGGGUAUUUCUCACUCAGCACAUUUGGUAAUUGCUGAAAUGUUUGGGUAUUUCUCACUCAGCACAUUUGGUAAUUGCUGAAAUGUUUUGGUAUUUCUCACUCAGCACAUUUGGUAAUUGCUGAAAUGUUUGGGUAUUUCUCACUCAGCACAUUUGGUAAUUGCUGAAAUGUUUGGGUAUUUCUCACUCAGCACAUUUGGUAAUUGCUGAAAUGUUUGGGUAUUUUUUGUUUGCACUGUCGUAUCAUUGCCUUUUUACAUAUAUUGUUCCAUGACGAUACGAUACCAUUUGUUGAACUUAAAAAUUAAUUGCAUUGUUCUUUUUUUUUUGUUGUUGUUUAAAAUAGAAAACUUUUCCAUUAAAGUUUAAAUGUGGAUUUGAAAUACUUUUCGGUUAUCUGCUUUUGGCUUGAAAAUUUGUGUUUGUUAUUGUGAAAAAACAUUGCGAGACUAUAUGUAAUGUUUUUAAUUUAACAAUGUCAAUUAAAAUAAGACUAUCGAAUUAUAUCCCAAAAUAUAUAGCGGCUACGUGAUUAUUAUGUAAAACUUAUCAUUUUACAAAUAUUUAAAUUGUUUAUACACAUUAUUUACAUGAGAAGAAAUUUAUUGUUGUGUUGUUCCCAAAUCCGCUCAUGGUGAGCCUCAUUUCUCUCUGAAUAUACAACAGAAACUACUAUUUCUGAGGUUUUAAAUUAAAGCUGUCUGAAUAUGUAAGAGAUGUACAUUAUGAAAGACCACAUUAACAGAACACGAGUAAAAUUGAUAUUUCUUGUAAAUAAGAAUUUUUAAAUGAAGAGAUGGCUUCAUGCUUCAUAUCAACAGUGAUUGAUGCACAUUUCUUACAGUUUUACUUCUCAGUCUGUUUAUGUUGAUGUUACUGUCUCAUAUAACUAGAGAUACAUAUUCCUCUAGUUUCAUAUUUUAGGGAAUUUAGAAUUAACUUAUUUUUUGUUGUGUUUACCUGCUAUUUUGUUAGGACAUAUAUGUAUGAAAAGGUGUGAAUAUUGAUAUAAAAAUAACAAAUGUUUAUUGCACAGUUCUUUAAAUUACUAAAAAUUGUAAUGAUUCCUGUGGGAAUGUGUACAUUUGGUAUGAUUCCCGCGGGAAAUUGCACGUUUACUAGUAAUGAAUCACAUGGUAAAAUGUAAAUUUGUAAUAAUUUUCCAGUCAAGUGCAUAUUGUAACAUUUGUGUAUUAGAGUACACAUUUGUAAUGAUUUUUGCAGUAUAAUACACAAAACCAUAUAUACAAUGCAAUUGUUUAUUUAUUUUUAUAAAUUAGUAUUUUCUUUUGAUUUUUAUCUACGUUUAAUUGAUGAUUUGAUUUUAGCUUAAAUUUAUCUAUAUACACAUAUUGAUCAAAAUUGUAUAUUUUGACUGUUAUUGUAAAAUACUGUUCUAUAAUAAAUUAGUUUCUUUACCAUU